AUGAAAAUUUUGAUCCUUGUAUCUUUGAUUGCUGCCGCCGUUGCUGCCCCCGGUGGAUUGUAUGGUGGAUUAUAUGGUGGUCAUGGGGGCAUUUCCUAUGGGGCCGCGUCUAUAGGAUAUGCUGCAGCAGCUCCUGCCAUUAGUUAUGCCGCUGCUGCUCCCGCCAUUAGCUAUACUGCCGCAGCGCCUGCUAUUUCUUAUGCAGCAGCAGCUCCAGCUGUUCAAUAUGCUGCUGCUGCUCCAGUCAUCGCUGCUGCCCCUGCAAUUGCAGCAGCUCCUGCCAUUGCGGCAGCCCCAGCCAUUGCUGCAGCUCCAGCAAUUGCAGCUGCUCCUGCUGUUCAAAUUGCUGCCGCUCCUGCCAUUGCAGCUGCUCCCGCAAUUGCAGCAGCCCCUGCUGUUCAGGUUGCCGCUGCUCCAGCCGUUAAAUUAGCACAAGUUGUUACCCCAGCAUUUACCACCGUCUCCAAAUACAGCUCAUUCGUUAGCCAUCCACCAACUGCUAGAGUGGUGAAGAUUGCUGCAGCUCCUGCUAUUGCUGCUGCACCUGCCAUCGCUGCGGCCCCUGCCAUUGCGGCUGCACCUGCCAUCUCAUAUGCUGCAGCUCCUGCCAUUGCAGCCGCUCCUGCCAUUGCAGCCGCUCCUGCCAUUGCUGCUGCUCCCGCCAUUUCAUAUGCUGCUGCUCCCUCCAUUUCAUAUGCUGCUGCUGCUCCCGCAAUAGCUGCUGCCCCCGCCAUCUCAUAUGCUGCGGCUCCCGCAAUUGCUGCCGCCCCUGCAAUUGCUGCCGCUCCUGCCAUCUCCUAUGCUGCUGCCCCGGCAAUAAGUUAUGCUGCUGCUGCUCCAGCGAUUUCAUAUUCUGCGCCCGCUGUCUCUUAUAAAGCUGUUGCAGCCGCUCCUGCCAUAAGUUAUGCUGCUGCCGCCCCUGCAAUAUCCUUGGGCUAUGGCCAUGGUGGUCUUUCUUAUGCUGCUCCUGCCAUUAGCUACGCCGCCGCUGCACCGGCUGUCAGUUAUGCUGCUCCGGCGGUGUCUUAUGCAGCUCCUGCUAUAGCUGCUGCUCCUGCGGUGUCGUAUGCGGCACCCGCUGUAAGCUAUGCUGCUCCCGCCGUUCAAGUUGCCGCAGCCCCAGCUGUUGUGAAGGCCGUUGCUGCUCCAGCUCCUAGCAGUUAUGCAACUUUUACCUCUGUUGUUAAUCAUCCAGCCUCCGUAAAGACGGUAGCUAUUGCAGCUCCUGCUCCAGCUAUUAAAGUUGCAGCUGCCGCUCCAGUAGCUGUUGCUGCUGCUCCUGCCGUUUCAUAUGCAGCUCCUGCAGUUUCCUAUGCAGCUCCCGCAGUUUCCUAUGCCGCUCCUGCUGUAUCCUACGCUGCUCCUGCUAUUGCCGCUGCUCCCGCCAUCUCUCUGGGAUAUGGUCAUGGAUAUGGCCAUGGCUUCGGAGUCUUUUUCCAUAUUCCCGCGGGCAUCGAAAUUUAUGCCCGAAUGUGUAUACUGCACAUCUAUGAUGUACAUCCAGCCUUCUGGUUGAUGGGUACCUAUCCACAAGAUGAAAUGAAAGUUUUGAUCUUGUUAUGUUUGGUCGCUGUGACUGUGGCUGCGCCCGGUGGAUUAUACGGUGGCCACGGUGGUUACAUCAGUGGCGGCUAUGCCGCUGCCCCAGCCAUUAGUUAUGCAGCAGCUCCAGCUGUUACAUAUGCAGCACCAGCUGUUAGUUAUAAAGCUGUAGCAGCAGCACCUGCCAUCAGCUACGCUCCUGCCGUGUCAUAUGCAGCUCCCGCAGUUAGCUAUAAAGCUGUAGCAGCUGCACCUGCCAUCAGCUACGCUCCUGCCGUAUCAUAUGCUGCCCCUGCUGUUUCCUAUGCUGCUGCAGCUCCGGCAGUCAGCUACAAAGCAGUGGCGGCAGCUCCUGCCAUCAGUUAUGCUGCUGCUGCUCCUGCUAUCAGCUAUUCUGCACCUGCCAUAAGUUAUGCUGCCCCUGCUGUAAGUUAUAAGGCUGUGGCUGCUGCUCCUGCUAUAAGCUACGCCCCUGCGGUUUCAUAUGCUGCUCCAGCCGUUUCAUAUGCUGCUGCUGCACCCGCGGUUCAAGUUGCCGCAGCUCCAGCUGUUGUAAAAGCAGUUGCAGCUCCUGCUGCCACAAGUUUCACCACCUACAGCAGUGUUGUUACUCAGCCAGCUGCCGUUAAAACAGUAGCUGUAGCUGCUCCUGCCCCAGCCGUAAAAAUAGCCGCAGCACCUGUAGCAGUCGCCGCUGCCCCCGCUAUAUCCUAUGCAGCACCAGCUAUUUCCUAUGCCGCCGCACCAGCAGUCUCAUAUUCCGCCCCCGCGGUCUCAUAUUCCGCCCCCGCGGUCUCAUACUCCGCCCCUGCGGUCUCAUAUGCUGCUCCCGCCGUCUCAUAUGCCGCUCCAGCUAUCUCAUAUGCUGCUGCUGCACCUGCAGUUACCUAUGCCGCUGCUGCUCCCGCUGUUGCAUAUAAGGCUGUGGCUGCCGCUCCAGCUGUAACUUAUGCUGCCGCUGCUCCUGCAAUCUCUGUGGGAUAUGGUUAUGGAGGAGGCUAUGGCUAUGGCUAUGGCGGCCAUGGUCACCAUUAG